AUGGCACAGGCGAUCCAGCAGAUCCUGAAUGAUCCUGAUGAGCUGUCAGAGGAGGGAAUGAGUUGGAGCCGCCAAGUCGGGCUGGCAUUCAUCAUCCCCCGAGCAGCACUGCAAUGUGUUCCGCUGGCGGCCAACGAGCCAAGAGACGGGCUGCAACGGACCGCUACCUUCGUGCGCCUUCCGGAUGCCUCACCCAAGCUGGUCGUAGCACCAGCCGGGCCGUGCGGCUUCGGGGUCUUCGCCACAACCAGGAUCUCUUCAAACGAGCGGCUUGGAGAGUACACGGGAGAGAUCCGAAGUUAUGACAUCUGGUGUGAGGAAAUAAAGGCGCUGAAAAUACGGCGCCGAAACUCAGACGCUUCCUCGCCCUUCAUCCGCGAGGAACUCUAUGCUGCCUGGGCAGGCUCAGGACUCGCUGAAAAAGGCGUGGUCAUCGAUGCUUACCACAAGGGCAACCUCAUGCGUUUUAUCAACUGCAGCUGCAAGCCAAACUGCAGCUUCAAGAGCGUAAGUGCACCGAGAGAGCCCCACGGGCGGCUGCAGGUAACUACCCUGCGGGCCAUCGAAGCUGGGGAGCAGCUCUCCGUCGAUUACGGCUGGUACCAUGACCCUGCGACGCUGGACGACAUCCGCAAGGAGGCAGUUGCGGCCUACACGUCAGAUCUGCCACACUUGCAGGCCUUGCAGCUCUCGGACCCCGAGCCGGGCGAAGGCGACUCGGAGGCCGUCCAGCUGGUGGCCGAAGCUCUGAAGGAAGCUCGCGGGCGCCCAGGCUUGCGGAGGCGGCCUCACAGCUUCUUGGCGGGGCUCCUGGACUCGGAGGCGCUGGCAAGGUUCUUGGAGUCGGGCAAGCGCUUCUCUGAAGCGACCACAUACCGGGCGAUCCCGGACCCAGUUUGGCUCCUGUAUGAAGUGCUGGGAGCGGAGAGGGUUGGGAUUGCUUGCCGAUGCGGUGCAGAUCCAAGCCUCAACUCGAGUGGGCGAUGCGCUGGCAUCAUUGGGCGGCCGCUGCAGGUGAACUUUGCUGGACGCGACGAGAGCUAA